AUGAAGUUCGCAAAGGAGCUGGAGCGGGAUGCUGUGCCCGAGUGGCGCAUCAAGUACCUCAACUACAAGGCCGGCAAGAAGCACAUCAAGGCCGUCUCCAGAGCCCUCGUCCGUACGCCCCGACCGUUCAAUAGCAACCGCGCCGCGCCCUCGAGAUUGCAUGCCGACCGCACCUCGCGAGGCUCCUUUUCCGACAUCAUCUCGUCCGUCCGCGGCCGCCCCUUGUCCGAGCCGCCCCCGUCGCGCCACAGUGGCGAGCUCAAGGAGACGGAAUCCCAUGGCGACGACUUCGAGCUGCCGGCGCCCGCCGUUCACACGCCCGCCGACCCGUCGUCUGGACCCAAGCCGCCCACCGACACUUUCCGCCGCAACCUCAGUCGCUUCACCACGGGCCCCGUUGCCGACACCUUCAAGCCCGCCGCCAUCGCCAAGCGGUCUACCGCUAGCGCCUCGAUCCCCCAGUCUCCGUCCCACAUGCGCCGUAUCCUGGCGCACGCCUCCAACCAGCUGACGAGAGAACCCUCGAGGCCCGACGCUGACCUGCAGCAGCACCAGGACCUCGUUCGUGAGCGGGAGCGCGACUUCUACCGCUUCAUGGACUCGGAGCUGGACAAGGUCGAAAAAUUCUUCAGGUUCAAGGAGGAGCAGGCCGGCCAGCGCCUGGCCAUUUUGCGCGAGCAGCUGCACGAGUGGCGAAACCGGCGAAUCGAGGAAAUCACCUAUGCAGCCGAGCCCGAGGAGCCGUCUUAUUUCCAGAGUGGCAGCAUCGAUGGCGGCCACGCCAAGUCCAACGGCUGGGUGCACCCCAUCCGGGCCAAAAUCUUUCCGCCAGGGCCAAACUCAAAGGCCCUGCGCACCAUGCCCCAAACACCGGCCCUGCCCCCCAGCGCGUCGGGCCAGAGGCGCGACUAUGUCCGCGCGCGGCACGACGCCGACGUGUCGUACCGCACCGCCAAGCGCAAGCUGAAGCUGGCACUGCAAGAGUUCUACCGGAGCCUCGAGCUGCUCAAGUCGUAUGCCAUGCUCAACCGCACCGCGUUCCGCAAGCUGAACAAGAAAUUCGACAAGGCCGUCAACGCCCGGCCUCCGUUGCGGUACAUGCACGAAAAGGUCAACAGGGCGGGCUUCGUCAACAGCGAGGUGCUCGAGGGCCACGUCAAGGCCGUAGAGGAUCUCUACUCGCGCUACUUUGAGCGUGGCAACCACAAGCUCGCGGCCGGCAAGCUCCGCAGCCUGUCCAAGAAGUCGACGGACGAGUCCGGGAGCUCGUUUCUCAAUGGCUUCCUCAUCGGCACCGGCAUCGUCUUCACCACCCAGGGGCUCGCCUACGGAAUGCAGCUCUUGCACGACGAGGACCCCCUGCUCCGGGUCCACACCGGCUACCUGCUGCAGAUCUACGCCGGUUACUUCAUGAUGCUGCUCCUGUUCUCCCUCUUCUGCAUAAACUGCUUCGUCUGGACAAAGUGCAAGGUCAACUACCCCUUCAUCUUCGAGUUCGACCAGCGCAGCCACAUCGACUGGCGCCGCCUGGCCGAGUUCCCCAGCUUCUUUCUCCUCCUCUUUGGCAUCUUCAUGUGGAUGAACUUCAGCAGGUACGGCGCCGAGCGCAUGUAUCUCUGGUACCCGGUGCUUUUGAUCGUCAUCACCGCCACCAUCAUCUUCUUUCCCGCGCCCGUGCUGGCUUACAAGUCUCGGAAGUGGUUCGUCUACGCACACGUGGACCAGUGGCGACUGCUGUUGGCCGGCAUCUAUCCCGUCGAAUUCCGCGACUUUUUCCUCGGGGACAUGUAUUGUUCCUUGACCUACUCCAUGGCGAACAUUGAGCUCUUCUUCUGCCUCUACUCCAAACGCUUCAACAACCCAACGCAGUGCAACUCGAGCCACUCCCGGCUCAUGGGCUUCUUCCUGACGCUGCCAGCCAUCUGGCGCUUUCUGCAAUGCCUCCGCCGCUACCAUGAUACCCGAAACGUCUUCCCUCACCUGGUCAACGGUGGCAAAUAUGCCAUGACCAUUGUUUCCUACGUCACUCUCUCUCUCUACCGAGUCAAUGGCAGUCACACCAACCUCGCCUUGUACAUAACGACUGCUCUGCUUAACAGCGUCUACACCUCUAUCUGGGACCUGUUCAUGGACUUUUCCCUCCUGCAGCCACAUUCGCGCCGCUUCCUGCUGCGCGACAUCCUGGCGCUCAAGCGACGCUGGCCCUACUAUUGCGCCAUGGUCGCCGACCCAGUGCUCCGAUUCGUCUGGAUAUUUUACGCCGUCUUCACCCACAACACGCAGCACUCGACCUUUAUCUCCUUCAUGGUGUCCUUGAUGGAAGUCUUCCGCCGCGGCCUAUGGUCUCUGUUCCGUGUGGAGAACGAACACUGUGCCAACGUGGCCCAGUACAAGGCUUCGCGAGAUGUUCCACUGCCCUACAGCAUCGAGCCCCUCAUGGCUCGUGCGAGCGAGACUUCGAGCCCCGUUCUGCAGACGGAGGAGCAGCAGCAGCAGCAAGAAGAACUGCAACAGCAGCAGCAGCAACCGGAGCAGCAACAGUCCCCGCAGCAGCCGCAGAACAAGCGGCCCGAGGCCAAGCACUCCAACUCGACGGCCGUGGCCCACCCGCUCGGCAGCCUGCGGCGCCGCGCCUACACGACGAGCGCGCAGACGUUUUCGCGCAUGAUAGCCGAGGCGCAUCGGCAGGACUUUGAGAAGCGGCGCAAGCCCCCCCCGGCGACUGAGUCGAGCGAGGCGACCACGGAGCAGGAGAUUGUGACGGAUGACGACGAAGACGACGAUGACGAGGAGGCCACUGUCGGUCUCAGGAGCGCGCGCGCGCCGAGGGCGCUGUCGCGGCAUAGCGAGGAGGACGAGUGA